AUGACGUCCCGCAAACCACGACGACGAAACCAACAGCAGAUCCAACCGUCCGACUACGAAUCCGACACGAUUAGUUACAAUUACCUCUCCGAUAGCAAACCGCCCGCCGAGUUCGUGAUGGCCUCGCCGCCACAGCGGUCGAACGAAGAGCUGAACCUCGCCGUGCUGCGCCGCCACAACCCGGCGAUCACAAGCAUCCUCUCGCUGGCGCCCUACGCGGUCGUGUACCUGUUCAGUCCGACCACGCGGCAGUGGGAGAAGAACGGGGUGGAAGGAAGCAUGUUUGUGUGUGCGUUGACGCAGGGGAGCCAAGGGGAAGAGCGGUAUUGCGUCUUUGUGCUCAACCGGCGGGGGUUGAAUAAUUUCGACACCCAACUGACAGAGGGGGACAACGUGGAGGUGACGGAGGAAUACGUGAUUCUCAAAGUGGACAAAACCAACGAAUAUGAUCAUACUACUGCUUCUGCUGCUGCUACGGACGGAGAUGUGCAGAUUUACGGCCUCUGGAUCUACUCCGAACCACCCCCGAACUCGACGGCAGAGACACGUACCCUCAAUGCCCAGGUGAUCCGCGAAUGUGCCGUGCAUGCAGGCGAGAGCCGCAAGCUGGCCCGCGAGCGACUCGAGGCCCUGCGCCAGAAUGGCCUACACGUUGCCGCCGCGGCGGCCUCCACGGCUCCAACGGACGAGGUGGCGGCCGAGCAGGCAGUGCCGAUGGGGCGGCAGAUUUCUUUGAAGGAUCUGUUCGGGCAGCAGAGGGCGCAGGAUGACGAGUGGAGUGUCAAGGCGCAUCAUAUCCAGCCUCAACAGCACCAGCACCACCAGCACCAACAGUACCAGCAACCGUAUCAACAACCUCAACCUCAGCCUCAAUUCCAAGGCGAUGUGCUAGGGGAUCUCUUCCGCAAAGCCGGGCUCGCAUAUCAAGAACGUCUAUAG